UAAUACGUUUACGUGGCUUAAAUAGCAAGGUUGUUGACAAAUUAAUUAACAUUUUGCCAGUUGUCAUUUUGAAGAAGAUGCUAGUCACAAAGAUCAACAUCCACAUGAUGUCUGUGUGUGCGUCCUGAUGAAAUACCUGUUAUUAACGUGCCGACAAACAUCUGUCAAUUUGUUUAAUCAACAUGAGUCGCAACAGUGGAAGAGGGAGGAAAUCUACACACAGUGUAGUUGGUCUACGUAAACCACAAAACAAACCAGAUUCUUAUUUAGAUAGUGUACUAGCUGAAGAUGAAGAUUACCUCAAUGUUUUGUGCAUUCGGAAUGAACUCAUUGAGAAUGCCCUUGACAAAUGUCAGGAAUCCUAUUUGAGAAUACAAUCUGUGAAGUAUUUAACUCAUUGUCUUCAUAAAGCUUAUCUUGAUGUCUUCAGCACAAUGUACAUGCAUUAUGAUACAGUUGUUAUAGACCCAAGGCGUGAUUUGUGGAUUCCUGAAGAACAAUGCGAACCGUUACCAGAGGAUAACUACGCUGAGUUUUCAGUUCCUAUUGAAUCUACUUCUGUGCAAGAAAUUCCAGAAGUUGAAAUCUCUCCCUAUCAGUUUAGUCCUGUCAAAUCUGAAACAGAACAUAUUGCUUGGCCCGCUGGGUUUACUCCGCCAUUUUCCAACGUUGACGUUGAUAAAGACGUCAAGAAAAUAUUAAAUGAUAUUCUCUCUUUAAUUUCUGAGCAAUUUGAAGAUGCUUCCACGUAUCAAAACAUAUUUGCUUCUGUGAGGGAAGAAGAAAAGAAAGCUUCCCUAGCAUCUAGUACAAGUGAAUUAUUUGAAGAUCUCACUUCCGAGGCGAGUUUCUUCACGGCUGUUGCUGAAUCCGGGCAGAAUUUCCUCCCGCCCAUUGAACCAACACGUUGUGAUCAUACUUUUACAAAGGUGGGAGAUGCCCCGAUUGAGAAAACAAUCAAAUUCGCUUUGGGGGAAGUGAAAAAGGUUCAAAAUGUUGGUCUGCCACCUUUGAGGUUAAAGGCAAGGUUUAAACCCUCUGAAUGGUCAAGGUCCUAUGUCAGAUUUGGAAGGAGUUUGGGUUCUUUUGAUAGAUACAAUGAAGCAUCUGCUAAUUAUCUCAAAAGUAGUUUUAAGUCAAAUUUAUCUAAGCACCAUGAUGUUGAUGAUACUUUUGAAGAAGCAGAGGCAGAUGAUGUGAAGAAGGUGAAGAAAGUUGAUAUUGUAGGUUAGAAUUUAAUGGCUAUUUAAUGAAUCAGGAAGUGACAAGUUGUUAGAUGUUUCUUGUAACAUUUGAAUAAUAAACUGCUGGUAUUGAUGCU